UGGUUCAGUCAGUGUUGACAGGAAGGCAGCAUGAGUCACUUCUCUGCUCGGAUCAUGCAAGUAUGGGAAUAUUUGGAGGAAAAGACAGUUUGACAGCUCUCUCAAAGAAAAGAGACAUGUGGAGGACCCUGACACUGUCGCUGCUUGUUGCGCUGGCACUGGGCACAGAGAUGUCCCAGAGUCAGGAUGUGGGGUCCCUGGUGGCCGUCGAGAAGGCGGAGGAAGAACAGCAACAGAACUUCAGCAACAUAUCUACUGGGCUGGGAAAUGCAAGACGCCAGAUCCUGGCCGCUCAGUUUGAGUGCUACCUGAAGAUAAUCCGUGACCCGCCGCAAACAGAAGAAGGCACUUACUGUAACCGUACGUGGGAUGGAUGGCUGUGCUGGGGAGAUUCAGCUCCAGGGACUGUCAUGCAGAUGUGUCCUGAAUACUUCCACGACUUUGACCCCGCUGAGAAGGUGACCAAAGUGUGUAAUCCUGAUGGCCAGUGGUUCCACCACCCAGAGAGCAACAGAGUCUGGUCUAACUACACCCAGUGUCAGGCGUACACUGCAGACAAGCUCAAGUUUGCCAUCAGUCUCUACUACCUGGCUAUGGUGGGUCACGGUCUCUCCAUUGCCUCGUUAAUCAUCUGUCUGAUCAUCUUCUCCUAUUUUAAGAGUCUCAGCUGCCAAAGAAUUUCCCUCCACAAGAACAUGUUUCUCUCCUUCAUCUUGAACUCCAUAGUGACGAUAAUGUGGCUCUGGCUCAACGUGUCCAAUAACCAGGCCAUCAUUGCCAGAAACCCUGUGAGCUGUAAGAUCCUGGCUGUACUGACUCAGUACACGUCUACUUCCAACUACUUCUGGAUGCUGUGCGAAGGCAUCUACCUCCACACGCUCAUCAUCGUGGCCGUCUUCGUCGGGGAACAGCAGCUCUUCUGGUACUACAUCCUGGGAUGGGGUUUUCCUGUCGUUCCUGCCAUCAUUUAUGCUGUGGCCCGUGGGCUCUUCUUUAAUGACAAGUGUUGGAUCAGCUCACACACUCACCUGCUCUACAUCAUUCACGGGCCAAUUCAAGCUGCACUGCUGGUGAACUUUUUCUUUCUCCUGAACAUCGUCCGGGUUCUGAUCACCAAACUGAAGGAGACACACUGCGCUGAGACCACGGCCUACAUGAAGGCAGUGAGAGCCACCCUCAUCCUCAUCCCUCUGCUGGGAGUCCAGUACAUCAUUUUGCCCUGGAGGCCCGAAGGACGCAUCAGCCGGGCCAUCUACGAUUUCUUUAUUAACAUCUUCUCCCACUUCCAGGGAUUCCUGGUGGCAAUCAUAUUCUGUUUCUGCAAUGGUGAGGCCCAAACAGCGCUGCAGAGGAAGUGGGUUCAGUUGAAGUGUGCUUGGGGCAAAGCUAGUUGGGGAGAAACGCCCAUCACCAACAACCACUUCAACUACCACACCAACUCGUCCAUCACCGAAACCAGCCGCGCCACCAUCAGCUUAGAGCAGCCCGCCGCCGCCGCCGUGGUUUUUGAACAGAAAGAAAACUGCAACUUUUUGUCCCUGGUGCAGCAGAAAGCCAACGGGCAGGAAAAGAAAGGCGGCACAUGCACCAACGGGGAGGUGGACAUGCUCAGCCCCCGGGAGACCACCGACAUCUGAGAGGUGACAGUCGCAGCGCAAAACAAACUCAAACACUCACAAUAAGGACUGAUGAUGAGAAAACAUCGAGCUUGAAAGUGAAUUUAAAAAUGAAGGUUAACUGAUUGGGUUUUUGUAUGUAUGUAUGUAUAUAAUAUCCAAAGAGCACUUAAAAAGCAUGUGUUGCUUCACGAGUACAAACACACACAUUUUUACAGAAGCAGCUCCAGUUUUUGGACUCAUAAGAACCGAGGAGAAUCUUCAUGUAAUAAUGUGUUCUGUUCCUUCUUUUAAGUCAACUUAUGUAACGCAGUUAUAAUUUUUGUUGUUGUUGUAGUUUUCAUUAUGAGUUUCCUGUCAGAAUUGAAAAAGCUGCAACUCCCAAACCUGACAUUUAAAGAUCACAGACAUGCGUUUGUGCGAUCUGUUGCCUUACGGAGCCUGUAAAUGCUUUACCCCAGCACAACAGUGACCAAUGAAUGUCAUAACCCCACCGAUUUGAUUGCACAUGCUCUUUUUAAAGAAAGAUAAGAUCAUCGAAAGCCAGCGAGUUUCACAGCACCCUGACAGAAUCAGUCAGAUUUAGAUCCAGGUUUUUUUUUUAAAUGAAAUGCAACAGAAUUUGCUCUUAGAGGCAAUGCACGGUGGCUGGAAGGUCUAUAGAUUUAUAUCUAUACAUCAACUUUACCCUUCCUGAGCUGUUGCAGAAACUCCAGCUUCCAUUGAUAACCCCUGUGCCAAGUCUGAAGCACUUGCCUGUCUGUUCUUCACAGCUGAAUUGUGCAAGAAGCACAUCGUGUGGUUCCCAGUUUUAGCUCUGAUUAUUAGAACUGUGGCUCAUUCUUGACCUCCUGAUUCCUGCAGCAACUUUAAAGGAACACAAUCAGAUUUUUCAGUUCCAUAUUUUUUUUUUUUAUUAUGUGAAGACAUGAUGCAGACAUACAGAUAAAUACAGGCGUUACGGCUCGUUUUAUGACUGCGUUUAUACAGUUAGGCCGAUUAGAAAUUACUCAAUUUUGUUUCAGUGAUCACCAGUUUUCUUGUUUCUAUGCACAACUGCUUUGUUAUAAUCAAAGGGGAAAAAGUCUUUUGUAGAAUGACAUGAGUUUUAUUGUAAUACAACAGGAGAUCUUAAUCUUAAGCUUCAACACACUGAAAGCAAAGUGAUUGUUAGGAUGAGACAAGGCUACAGAAUUCCAUUUUUGUCAAAUGAAGAUUUUGCAGACAGAACAAGAUUGUGGCAAAUUGCUGUCCAAAUUGUUAGAAAUAAUUGCCUUUUCUAUCUCUUAAUUAACUCCUCCUCCGGUCUACUACGUGGGAAGGAGACAGUUUAAAAGAUUUGUUGUGUCUUUGUCGCUGGUGUUCCUGUUGCUUUUUAACGUUCUGUGUUAUUGUUGUGGAUAUUUUUCACAUGUUUAACGACUUGUAUUAUUGUUAUGACAUGUUUUUUUUUUUUCUCUUCAAAAUGCACAAAUAGAUUUCACUGCUUCUUCACAGAGAUAUAAUUUAGCUUCUUUUUUUUUUUUCCCAUUGCACAUGUACCGUGUUGUGCGUAUACUGGCAGGCUACAGAAUACUGAGUCUUAUUUUUUUCUUUUUUGAAAGUGAGCUAUGAGCAGAUGUGUUUUGGUGUUUGUCCCAUGAUGCAUCCACUCACAGCGGACUUAAAAUCCAAAAUGUUCCAGCGUGGACAUGGCGGGGUACACUGGUGCAUGGUGAAUAAAACACUGCUGUGCUAUGAAAACAGCUGAGUAUGAGAUUGUGAAAGAGCAGUAUUUUUCAAUUCAUUCUGCGUAGGAUGCUGCCCAGUAGAGAAGCAGCUGUCGUGGACAUAUUUGUAAAUGAAAUUUGAGAAACAUUCCAAUAAAACAUCCAAAAAAAAAAGAAAAAAAAGUUGAAUUGAAGCAUAUUGCUGUAUUUAUAUUUUUAACACUGCCAUUUACGCAUGGAAAUAAAGUUGUUUGAAGAUAA